UCUUCUGUUUCAUCUGCUCGCCCCCACGAAAACUGAUCGUGUUCAUGUCUCGGCCAUUGGACAACGCCUGCAUGACAUGGGGAACCGGUGAAAAAUACGAUGGCGCCCCCAUCCACGUCUCCACGCUGAUCGGACAGCUGUUCAUUAUCCAAACAGCACUUGAUAAGCUAUCGGAUUGGAAUCAAGCUCGUGAAACGCGCCAUCCGCGAUAUCAACAACUGGCUGCACAGGUCGGAAACGCCCUCGAUUGUUUUGGUACCUUGAUCUCCACCCUGCAGAAGCAGCUCGAUCAGUUUGAGACAUCAAACUCGGUGGAGAUGCCUACGAAGAACAAGAUAAAAUUUAUAUGGAGCGAGAAAGAGAUCGCCAACUAUUCCACACUUCUUGACCGGCAGGUCAAUGCGCUGACUUUGCUCCUCCAAGCUGUCCAAUGCGAAACAUGGGAGCAACAACGGGAACUUUUGAGCCGAGAGGAGAGUGUGAGUAUAUUAAUUCUGGCAAAAGACUGUUCGUCGUCAGUGCUGGGGCUCGAUGAUGGACAUAGCUUCCUCUCUGAAACGACAGCUAAUAUCAGUGUUACUUUCGAUUUUGAUACAUUUGUGUUGGGCUCGAGAGUCUAUCAGCAAGCGGAAAGAUCCCAUUUGAGACAAGCUAUCAGGGCCGAGCAAAGCAGAAAGGUCCCGGCCAAACAGAAAGAUAACGCUGCUGGCCGAGAAGACGCUCUAAUCCUGCAGUCUUCGUCUGGAGACGCUUCGAAGCAAGCUGUUCGAUCACGAAACUCAUUCCGUUUGACAGACUGGUUCAGAAAUUCAUCGCGGCGCAAAGAUUCGGUUACAUCAUUCACUGCGCCGAAAGAAGGGGAGAACGGUGAGCGUUCACAUGGAUUCAAAACUGUGAAAGUACUGUUUCUUGGGACUUCUGAAAGCGGAAAGUCUACCCUCAUCAAAACCUUACAGCUGUCGAAAUUCCGUGAAGAAUAUUUUUCGUAUGGGCCGCGUUUACUCUUCAAAGAAAUUAUUCGGUCAAAUAUCAUUCAAAGCACUCGGAUUGUACUGGAAGCCAUGGAUUCUUUAGCGAUAUCACUGGAAGAUCCGUUUCGGAACAACAUCCACGCGGAGACGAUAUUCAUGCAACUUGCUGGGCGCGAUAGCGACUGUUCAGGCGUCAAGACUUUCCAAGCCAUUGUAUCACUCUGGCAGGACAGCGGCUUCCAAAUUUCAUUCGGGCGAAGGCGGGAGUACCAAUUGGAUGACAACUUCGAUUACUAUGCCAAUAAUAUCAAAAGGAUCAUGGCUUCUGACUACAUGCCGACCGAUGAAGACAUCUUGCGAAUUAGAGUGACGACUACUGGCAUCAGCGCGACAAAACUCCUUAAUAAGAAAAUCGAAUACGAGAUUCUUGAUGUAGGGGGUGCACGAUCGGAACGUAAAAAGUGGAAUUCUGUGAUUGGAGGGACACAUGUUGUAACUCUCACAAUCGACGUCCGCUGUUAUGCGAAUGUGUUGUUGGAAGACGAAACUUGCAAUCGUAUGCAGGAGCAACUAGUGUUGUUCGAUUCAAUAGUGAACUCCAAAUGGUUUUCCGAGUCCAGCUUUCUUGUCGUUUUCACGAAAUUGGACUGCCUGGCAGACUCUCUUCGAACGCAUCGAGUGGAACGGUAUCUUCCCGACUAUGUAAAAGACGAAUCUCUAGGACCUGUCGAGAGCUACAUGCAGUACAUCGAACAUCGUUUCAUGGGUCUAGUUCGUUCACAUUCAAUUCGUUAUAGAACUAGGAUCGUACGAGCCGAUCUUGUGGGCGAUGCAUACAAACGAGGAUUAGAGGUCUGGAACACCUUAGACGAUAUUGUGCGUAAUGAACUGAAAUGA